UUUAGAAAUCACGUGACUUACAUCAAGCUGAACAAAAUGGCGACAGAAGACGUGCAUCCUUACAACUCUCUGCUGAAAUCCAUUUCAGUUGACGGAAAGGACUUUAAAUAUUAUGAUUUGACUAAUCUAAAAGAUGAACGAUACGAUAAACUUCCAUUCUCUAUUCGGGUGUUGUUAGAAUCCGCUGUCCGUAACUGUGACGAGUUCACCGUCAAAAAAUCGGAUGUUGAAAACAUUCUCGACUGGUCGACAAAACAAAAUGAAAAGGUGGAAAUACCUUUCAAACCGGCUAGAGUUAUUCUCCAAGAUUUUACCGGAGUUCCCGCUGUCGUUGAUUUUGCUGCCAUGCGAGAUGCUGUGAAGAAAAUGGGUGGAGAUCCGGAGAAAAUUAACCCUAUUUGUCCAGCCGAUUUGGUGAUCGAUCAUUCUGUUCAGGUUGAUGUGGCAAGAAGUAGUGAUGCACUGGAGAAAAAUCAAGAAUUAGAAUUUGAACGCAACAAAGAAAGAUUCCAAUUCUUGAAAUGGGGUGCCAAGGCACUGAAAAACAUGCUGAUUGUUCCACCAGGCUCUGGUAUUGUACAUCAAGUUAACUUGGAAUAUUUGGCAAGAGUGGUGUUCAAUUCAAAUGGAACCCUGUAUCCAGAUAGUUUAGUUGGAACAGAUUCCCAUACAACAAUGAUCAAUGGUCUUGGAGUAGCUGGAUGGGGUGUAGGAGGUAUAGAAGCAGAAGCAGUUAUGCUUGGUCAGUCUAUAAGCAUGGUCCUACCCGAGGUCAUUGGUUACAAAUUGAUUGGAAAGCCAGGGCCAUACAUCACCUCGACCGACGUGGUAUUAACAGUCACCAAACAUUUAAGACAAGUUGGAGUAGUUGGGAAAUUUGUUGAAUUUUUUGGACCAGGUGUGACUGCCCUCUCCAUUGCAGACAGAGCUACCAUUUCCAAUAUGUGCCCAGAAUAUGGAGCAACUGUAGGAUUUUUUCCAGUGGACGAAUCAAGUCUAACAUACCUAAGACAAACUGGUCGAGAGACAGAACAAUUAAACAUUAUAGAAAACUACCUAAAAACAAACAAAAUGUUUCGAAAUUACUCCAAUUCUGAAGAAGACCCAGUCUUCACAAAGGUUAUUGAACUUGACCUCGGGAGCGUUGUUCCUUGUUGCUCUGGUCCCAAACGACCUCACGACAAAGUUCCAGUAACAGAAAUGAAAUCAGAUUUUCAAACUUGUCUUAACAAUAAAGUAAGCUUUAAAGGCUUUGCAAUUCCUGCUGAUAAACAAGAAACAAAGGUUCCAAUCAUUUAUGAUAAUCAAGAACAUAUAUUGACCCAUGGUUCUGUUGUUAUUGCUGCCAUUACCAGUUGUACAAAUACAAGCAACCCAUCUGUAAUGUUAGGCGCUGGUCUAUUGGCACGGAACGCUGUUGAAGCAGGUCUUACAAUCAAACCAUAUAUCAAAACCAGCUUGUCUCCAGGUAGCGGAGUUGUGACCUAUUAUCUGCGGGAGAGUGGUGUCACACCAUAUCUAGAGAAACUUGGUUUUGAUAUAGUGGGCUAUGGUUGUAUGACGUGUAUUGGAAACAGUGGUCCGUUGCCAGAACCAGUAGCUGAAGGCAUUGAGAAAGGAGAUUUAGUCGCAUGUGGUGUUUUAUCUGGUAAUCGUAACUUUGAGGGAAGAAUCCAUCCAUUAACUCGUGCCAACUACUUGGCUUCACCACCAUUAGUCAUCGCAUAUGCCAUUGCAGGAACAGUCUGUAUUGAUUUUGAAACUGAACCUUUAGCCAAGAAAGAAGAUGGAACCCCCAUUUUUCUGCGAGAUAUCUGGCCUUCAAGAGAGGACAUCAUGAAAGUAGAAAAAGAAUUUGUUGUUCCUUCCAUGUUUAAAGAUGUGUAUUCCAAAAUCACAGAAGGAAAUAAAAGGUGGAACUCAUUGGAGGUACCAGACAGUAUGCUGUAUCCAUGGGAUGAGAAGUCCACAUAUAUAAAAUCACCUCCUUUCUUUGAAAAAAUGACAAAAGAAAUCCAACCUCCAUCUAGUAUUGAAAAUGCCCACGUUUUACUGAACCUUGGGGAUUCGGUCACAACAGAUCAUAUUUCUCCAGCAGGCAGCAUUGCCAGAAAUAGUCCAGCUGCAAGAUAUCUCGCCAGUAGAGGUCUAGUCCCCCGAGAGUUCAACUCCUAUGGAUCCCGCAGAGGUCAUGACUCUGUCAUGGCAAGAGGUACAUUUGCUAAUAUCCGACUAUUGAAUAAGUUCAUUGGUAAGCCUGGGCCUAAAACCAUCUACAUACCAAGCGGAGAAGAGAUGGAUAUAUUUGAAGCAGCAGAAAGAUAUCAAAAAGAAAAUAAGCAAGUUAUAGUUUUAGCUGGCAAAGAUUAUGGAGCAGGAUCGUCAAGAGAUUGGGCAGCUAAAGGCCCUUGGAUGCUUGGAAUUAAGGCUGUUAUCGCGGAAAGUUAUGAAAGAAUUCACCGAAGUAAUCUUGUCGGAAUGGGAAUCAUUCCAUUUCAGUACUUGGAAGGACAAAAUGCAGCUAGUCUUGGUCUGACCGGUAAAGAGACAUUUUCUAUCAAUGUCCCAGCCGAUGUUAAGGCAGGUCAGAAUUUGACCAUUAAUAUAAGCUCCGGAAAAUCAUUCGAAGUGAAGACCAGAUUUGAUACAGAAGUUGAGCUGGCUUAUUUCAGACAUGGUGGAAUUCUUAAUUUUAUGAUCCGAAGUAUGGUUUAGAAAAUUGAACAAUGAAAUAAAAGAAAAAUUGUGAAAUUUGUGAUUAAAUGCAGUUCAUUAAUACACAGGCUACAUGUAAUAAUAUUAGAACAUUGUUUUUCUUCAAAAUACUAAAAGCCAAAACAAUCCCAAAUUGUGUGAAAUGUUUAAAACAUGAUGAUCUUGUUUUAAUGCUGAGUAAAUGUAUGGAUGAAGAAAUAAAAUGUUUGAGCCAAUAGUAAACAUUUAUAGUGUUGUCAAGUACCAGAGUGUAAAAUGUGUGUUCGAGAGAAUCCAGAUAAUCAUUAUUAUACAUAUGGUGAUUGUACAAACUCUUCUACUGCGCAACUGAUAAAACAUGUCUUCUAUUAUAAAGUUAAACAAAUCUACAAAUAGAACUUUGUUGUUAUGGUUAACAAUGUUAAAACUGAUAAACAAGAAACAGUUAUUGAAAAAAAUAUAAGCUUUAAAUAUAAAGUAAUCCAGAUUUAAAGUAAAAAUGUGUCAUAUAUCUGUUAAUUGGUAAUUAUACUGUACUCUUCUUUACUGUAUCUUAAAAUAGAAUGAUAACAAAGAUUAAAAUAAAGAUGCGACGUCAUUCUUUGAAGUUGACGUAUUAUUAUUUCAAUUCAUGAUAAUCAUAAUAAUGUACAGGCAACGGGCCAUUCGUGCAUUAUUUAUACAAUGGUAUAUGAAUUACUGGACUUGUGUGACGAUUUCAUUGAAAUGCACAUGGAAGGUAGUGUUUGUAUUUGUUGUUUAAUGGUCUCGAGCAAGACAUUGCAUCCCACGUAAUAUAUUGAUACAACACUCUUGACUAAUGCCCUUGUGAAGUAUAAAUAUUGCUUUAAAUGCAUUUAAAUCUCCGCUAAAGACGUUCCUGUUUACAUAAGCGUUUCCAGUGUUCAAUGGAGAAAACUUGAAAAGCGCAAUAGAAACUUCUGUUUUAGUAUUAUUGCGCUAUAUAAAUACAGGAUUAUUAUUUUUAAUGGGUAUGCCUUGAUCUCGACCCUUCAAUUACAAUUAGAUUAAGAUUCAUUUUUUGUCACUUAUUUAAUUCCUCCUUGGAUGUAGAAAAUAAAGAUAAGAUCAAUAAGCUUACAUAUUGAAUAAUUAUUUACCUGUAAAAUAUUAAUUAGUUUUUCUUUUCUAAAAAUUAAAAUUAUUCAGAUAUAGAACCUUGAUGAAAUAAUGUUACCUUUAGAAUACUGGUAAUGAAUCUUUUGAUAUCAAUGUGUUUAUUAGCUUUAUUACAUGGAUACUGGAUACCCUUAAAUAUAAUUAUUUUUCAAUAACUGUGUAACAGAAUAAGGCAAUAUCCUUGAAAUGUAGAUAUAGUAUCAUGUAUAAAUGAAGAAGCAAACACUAAUCAAUUGCAAUUGUCAAAUCCUUCCCUAGGUACACACGUAUGUUAUUUAUCCCUAUCCCUGGUAAUGUCUUUCAUACAUGUUAGGGAUAGGCAUGUUAGUUGAGAAACUUUUUAUUCCAUCGCGCCAAAAAUAAAAGCUAUCUGUAUGUUAUUGAUAUUAAAUGUCAUAUCUGAUAAUUUGUGUACAUUUAUGGAUCUUCUAAUGCUAUAAGUACAGUAAUAGUUUUGCGAGCCAAUAGUAAAAGGUGUAACAAAAAUUACCAAAGCUACUGUGCAAGUUGCUCUGUAACCCUGGUAUCAUUUAAUAUCAAAUCUUUAUUUAAAAAUUUCUAAAAAUCGUUUAAAAUCACCCAAAAUCAUCUAAUUUGUUAUUGUGUCUAAUUUAAAACUGACCAUUCAGUUUUGAUAAUGAGUGUCUAAUUUACAAGUGUUUAAUUUCUCAAUCACUGUUAAAAAAUAAACAACCCAAUUGGAUAUUGAUGUAUAACGAUUAAUUUUUAAAUAGUGGUUAGGAAAUUGAAUACUUGUAAAUUGGUGAUUUUAAAUAAUUUUAAAAUUUUUUAAAGAAAGGUUUGAUAUUAAACAAAUGUGAAAUAAAUUAGUGAUAGAUAUACAAGAUUAAAUGAUACCUGGGUUACAGUGUUGAUUCAUACCAUGGUUAACUAUGUACAUGUACUGAGAAUUCAAUCUUUAUUUAACAAUAGGUGAAAAACUUGAUUCGAUUUAUUAUCACAUAGUGUUAACUAGAAUUGCAAUGAGACGGUGAAGUUUGUACAAAUUUACAAGUUAAAAUCUUUAACACAAGUUAGUGCAAUGUUUACAUAUGACAGAGAUAGCUAAUGCAGAAUUUCAAGUUAACACUUUAUAAAAAUAAACAUUUUUAAAGAUUAUAUUGAACUAGCAGUAGAGACCUGUGUGAAGUUGUUGUAUUAAGAAGUCUUGUGGACUUGCAAAUUCACAUGAACUCUUUUGGGUGUUUUUGGAUGACAAUAUCUGAAAUGUUGUUAAUGUCACGAACAGGACUUGAAGCUUUUUGUUUAAAAUAAAAUUCAGUGAAUCAAAAAUGAAAUGAAAUGUACUUGAUGUUACAAUUGAAGAAGGCAGAAAAUUUCACCCCCAAAAUAGGGUAAAUUUGUUGUGAAUAGUCCGCUACAUCAAUCUAUUGUCAGUAAGAAAUAGUAGUGUAUACUGUAUCAGUGAUACAAAUUUAAAAGUUUAUUAAAAAAAAUAUUGAUUUGUUGUAUGUAUUAUAUACUGGAUAACCUGAUUCUUUUUACAUUUGUUCUAAAAAUUAUAGUUGUAUUUUGUCAGGUACUGCUGAAACUAUAUUAAUAAUAUCAGUAAAAAGUAUGAUUUGUUGUCAAAUUUGUGACAGGCAAAUUGACAUUCACUAGAGAAAUAGUGUCUGACAAAGCCUGAUCUGUGCCUAACAUUGUCUGUGACAUAUGGCUUAUUUCCAGGUGUGAUUGUUUAUCUUGAUCCUUUGUCUAGACAUAUAUUUUGGAACACCAAUUUCUUUAAUUUUAGCUUUAUGGUAUAUAUUAUACUAUAUUAUAUAAAAUUUACAUUAUUUGACUGACUUUAAUAAGCUGUACUGUAAUAUCUAAAGCACUUUAAUGCUUCAUAAAAAUUCUCUAAAAUUUAUUAUUUUUUGGAAUACAUUCACCUUCUCUAAUCAAUAUUUCAGAAAGGGUAUAUAUUGACUGUAGAUUAUCUAGCAUGAUUUCAUAACCAGGUAGAUUUAGCAAGCAAAUAGAACCAUUUCUUCCAGUUGUAUCUGUACAAAAUUCAUUUGAUUGAAUUGAAUUAUGAAUAUAUUUGUACUAUGAUUAAAAUGAAUGAAUGUAUUGUCUCGACAUGGCCAGUUGAUAAGUGAGAAAAUAACUUACGAGACAUCGUAAUAGAUUUGAAGGCAUUUAUGUCGAUAUAAAAUUAUUCAAUCAACAA